AUGCUCAGGAGAAACCAGGUCCUCUGCCUCGGGCUGGUGCUGGUCCUUGCCGCCAACCUCUUCCUGGAGCUGCGCCCCAAGGAGGCUGCUCAGGACCUGCUGCAGGGCGGUCUGCACACCAGGGAUGGGACAGUAAUGGCCAGACUGUUCCGCCUGGAGAAGGCUGUGCAGCAGCUGGAAGAAAAUAUGAGACUGGCUGGGAAGCAACAAGCAAAAGUGGAGGACACACGAAUGAAGAUGAACCAUGAAGUUCAUCCUGCCCCAAAGGCAGCUCAAGGCAAGGCAGUUGAGACAAAGAAGCCUGCACCCCAAAAGAAACUCUUCCCAAGCUCUGCCCUCUUCCAGCGGUGGGGAGAGGAUCUUCCUGAGGACGAGCAGAAGAAGGCCCAGGACCUGUUCCUCAGGUUUGGUUACAACGUGUACCUCAGCGACCAGCUGCCCCUCAACCGCAGCCUCCCGGACACGCGGGACUCCAGGUGUCUUCAGAAGGUGUACCCUGCCCAGCUCCCCUCUCUCAGCGUUAUCCUCAUAUUUGUCGAUGAAGCUCUGUCCAUCAUUCAACGCGCCAUCACCAGCAUCAUGAACCAGACACCCCCGUGGCUGUUGAAGGAAAUCAUUCUGGUGGAUGACUUCAGCUCUAAUGGAGAACUAAAGGUACACUUGGAUGAAAAGAUUGAGUUUUACAACCGGAUGUCUCCUGGACUACUGAAGAUAGUACGGCACACAGAGAGAAAAGGCCUGGCUCACGCACGGAACUUGGGCUGGGAAGCCGCCACGGCCGAUGUGGUUGCCAUCUUGGACGCCCACGUGGAGGUCAACGCUGGGUGGGCAGAGCCCAUCUUGGCUCGGAUUCAGGAAGACCGCACCGUGAUUAUAUCCCCCGUGUUUGACAAUAUUCGUUUUGAUGACUUCAAACUGACGAAGUACGCGCUGGCGGUGGAUGGGUUUAACUGGGAGCUGUGGUGCCGCUACGACCCGGUGCCAGAGAGCUGGAUCGCUCUGGGUGAUGUCACUGCCCCGGUGAGAAGCCCUUCCAUCAUGGGCAUCCUGGCCGCCAACAGGCUCUUCCUGGGGGAGAUUGGUGGACUGGAUGACGGGAUGCUGGUCUACGGAGGAGAGAAUGUGGAGCUUAGUUUGAGGGUGUGGCAGUGUGGGGGGAAGAUUGAGGUCUUACCCUGCUCCCGUGUGGCCCAUGUGGAGCGACACCACAAACCCUAUGCCUUGGAUCUGGGUGCUGCCCUCAAGCGCAAUGCCCUGCGUGUGGCUGAGAUCUGGAUGGAUGAGUACAGACACAUGGUCUACCUGGCCUGGAACCUACCGCUUCAGAGCUCUGGGAUUGAUUAUGGAGACAUCUCUUCCAGAAGAGCACUCCGGGAGAAACUGAAAUGUAAAACCUUUGACUGGUACCUGAAAAAUGUUUAUCCAGUCCUGAAGCCGAUCCAUGACGUCGUGGGCUAUGGAAGAAUGAAAAACUCUUUGGACAGAGGCGUCUGCCUGGACCGUGGACCUGUGCCCGGCAAUACCCCCAUCAUGUACACAUGCCACGAGUUCAGCCCGCAGAAUGUCUACUACCGCCUGGUCGGGGAGCUCUAUGUAGGGCCACUGGUUGCAGAGAAUUAUGACUCCCAGCACUGCCUAACGGACCCUGGCCAUGGGGAGAAGCCCACGUUAGAGCCAUGUUCCAAGGCGGCUCAGAGUAAACUGCACAUACUCUGGGAUUUCAAGCAGGGAGGAUCUGUCAUCAACAGAGACACACGGCGGUGCCUGGAGAUCACCAGGGAGCCCCUCGGCACCCGCGGGCUUGUGCUGAGGACCUGCACGGCGCAGGUGUGGGAAAUACAGUUUACCCUGGGAGCCUGGGGCCGGGCUGACGCCCUGUGAGCCAGGCUGGCCUGCGCUGUGCAUGGGACCCUGGUCUGGGACUCUCCAACACUUCUCAAAGCGUGGACGUGUGGGUGCAAGGUGAGUAUGCACGCUCACUGUGACUUCAUCAUGCUGUGCAGCAGCUGGGAACCUGGCGCGUGUCAAGGUGUCUGUGCUACUUGAGGAGCAGAAGCUCUGAUUCCUCUCUUGCUUCCCUUGG